GAUGAUUAAUUACUUAAUUAGUCUAAAAAAGGGAAGGAUAGGGUUUAAGUGGUUUUAGUUAGUUAAGGAAGGAAGCGAAAAGAGCGGUGAGAAGAAGGGUUGAAAAGAAAUGAAUGGCUCCUCUGAUUGGGUCUCGUGCUGGGUCUCUUGCUCUCUCCAUUUCCCACCUCCAAUUCAUGUCACACCCUCCCUCGUCGUCUCCUUCCUGGACGACGGCGAGUGGCACCCCUCCACGCAUCCACCGCCGUAUCGCCUCCGUAUUCAGCCGCCCCUGGAUCAAAACACUUAAACGCUCAAAAACCGCCGACAGACUCUACGAAAAAUACCUCCGAGCCUACAAGUGCAAAUAAAGCAUCACCAUGCAAUGCACGAGAUAACCUUUUUCCUGCAUUCCCCCUCAUUUUUUGACUAACCAAUUCAUAUUACACAGAAAUAAUGUCUCAAAUCAUGCCACCCUUCCAGUUAUUGGAACUCAGCAUCAUUUCGGCUCAGGACCUGGCUCCGGUUGGUCGCACCAUGCGAACCUACGCGGUUGCAUGGGUCCACCCGGACCGGAAGCUCUCAACAUGCGUCGACACGCAGGGCCUCACCAACCCAACGUGGAAUGACAAGUUCGUCUUUCGCGUCGACGAGGACUUUCUCUGCUCUGAUUCCUCUGCCAUCAUGAUUGAGAUCUACGCGCUACAUUGGUUCAAGGACAUUCACGUCGGCACCGUCCGCGUCCUCGUCGGAAACCUAGCCCCUCCACCCUCGCGCCCCUCCCAGACCAACCGCACCUCGCUCGGCACCCGUUUUGUCGCACUCCAGGUCCGUCGCCCCUCUGGCAGACCCCAGGGGAUACUCAACAUCGGCUUCACCAUCCUCGACGGCUCCAUGCACAGCAUUCCACUCUACACUCACAACCCCUCCGCCGUUGGCUACCGCCACCUUAUGGGAGAGAAGGACGCCUACGACAGCCACAACCAUCUUAGCCCCCACGUCCUCGCCGCCGCCAGCCCUAAGCCCGAGCUCCGCCGCACCAAGAGUGACACGAGCUCAGUUGUGGCCUCGGAAGCCGUGGCGCGGAAACACCGAGCCGUGGCUAACCAUAACAGAGCGAACUCCAAUAUUUCGGCAUACCAAGUUAACUUGGAUAACACGAAGAAAGGAAAGAAGAAGAAGUCGAGGACCGAGAGUAACAUCAACGAAGAAACGAGCUCUAUGCUCAGUGACAGUGACACGGUUGAGCCCUGGAAGAUUAAGAGCGGAAAAGCGAGUCCUCAUGAUGAUGAUGAUAUACUCCACGUGGAGGAGAUUUCGCCACUUCAGCACUACCACAACGAUGCCGCUUACGAAGAUGUUCAUAACCAGCACCAUGACCACGACGGCCAUUCCGACGCGAACUCCGAUUCCGACAUUAGCAUUGGCGAAAACAACUUUGUUACCGACACAAUGGAGGAAGAAUACGUCCCUGUUAACAACGUUACUUACGAAGUUCGCGCCACCCCAAAACACCAGUUCCGAAACUCUCCAGUGCCACACUAUCUAAAUUCGCCUGCACCACAGUUUAGGAAUUCUCCGGCAAGGCAGCAUAUGAGCUCACCGGCACCGCAAUUUAAGAACUCGCCCGCGCCACAGUAUAUGAACUCUCCGACAUCGCAGUAUAAGAAUUCUCACGAACCACAUUAUAUGAGCUCUCCGGCGCCGCAGUUUAAGAAUUCUCCGGCACCACAUUAUAUGAGCUCUCCAGCUCCGGAAUUUAAGAAUUCUCCGAAACCGCAGUUUAAGAAUUCUCCGGUGCCACAAUUUAAGAACUCUCCGGCACCGCAGUACAUCACCUCUCCGAAGCCGCAAUAUUUAGCCUCUCCGAAGCCGCAAUAUUUAGCAUCUCCGAAGCCACAGUUUCGGAACUCACCGGCGGUGGUGGCGUCGCAGUUCCGGCAGUCGCCGACGGUAUCUAAACUCAAUCCGUACAGGGGGACGCCGAUGCAUUCGUACGGGAAGGUGAACGGUGGGAUUGAGUACAUGACACCGCGAAGGUCAAACUUGGGGAACAUGGGACAGAUGAUGACGGAGUCGGAGCUGGGACCGUCCCCGUCGGAAGUGGCCGCGGCGAUAGCGAGAAAGCCAGUAAUUGAUGAGGGGGAAAACGAGAUGGAAGGAGGGUGGAGCUUGGACGGAAGCGUGGAGGGGUUACAGUCGAAAUUGGAGAGGUGGCGAUCAGACCUGCCACCAGUGAUUGAUCAGGGCGAGCUCUCUAGCCACCCAACAUCAAGCACAAAGACGAGUCGCCACUCCCGGAGGCACACCGACGGUGGUAGUACACCGAGUGGAGGCGGUGGAAGGAGUAGGGGUGGGGGCGGGGGUAAGGGUAAGGGUCGUAGUGGGAGUGGAUUGUUCUCAUGCUUUAGUAAGAUCUGCGGUGUUGAAUGCUACGUUGGUUGCGGCAGCGACUCUAAAGGAAAGAAGGGACGCCGCCGCUCUUCCUCCAUGGAAGACAAUACCAGCAGCCUUCUCUGAUGGAUCCAAA